GCUUUUUAAUAUAAGGCUCCAUUACACAAAGAAAGAAUGGAUAUGCUUAAGCAAAUAAGGUAAUGAACGUCAAUUCAAAUUCUAGCAUCAUAAAGAAAAACUUUUUUGAUCGUGUUGCAAUUAACACCAACUGUACUAGGGUGAAGUUUACCGGUAUAGGAGAAGAAGAGAGAGGUGGCAGCAGCAGAGAUAGAACAAUACCACCACAGAAAACUCAACUUUUUAAAGAAACAAAAAGAAUACCUAGCUGGUUGCACAGACAGUUUCCAAGGACAAUGAGUCGUGAUUAUGAUUCCAGUGAUAGCAUUGAUUAUCCAGCUGCGGUGGCAGCAGCUGCAUUUGCUAUAACAUCAAUUGAAGAAAAGAGUGAAUACGACCACAGAAGGACAAAUAGUGGAGGUGAUAAACCUUUGACAAAGAUCAAAAGUAAAGGAGAGGAUAUUGCCAAGAAACCUGAAAAGCUCUCAGAUGAAGCUUCAAAAUCAAGUUCAAAAAUUCCAUAUAAAAGUGAGCCAAUAGGGUCAACAACAAUCAAUCCGGAGCCAGUUAAAUCUGUGCCAUCUAUUAAGAAGAAACCAACUUUUGGAGAUACCAAACCUGAAAGUGAAGUUGUUGGAAAGCUCAAAAAAGUUCCAUCCAUUAAGAGAAUGCCAGCGUUUGGAGAAAGCACCCCUGAAAGCGAAGUUGCUGAAAAGGCCAAAAAGGCUCCAUCCAUUAAGAAAACGCCAACAUUUGGAGAUAGCAAACCUGAAAGUGAAGUUGCUGAAAAGGCCAAAAGAGCUCCAUCCAUGAAGAGAGCAUCUACAUUUCCGGACCAAAGCAUCGAUAUCAGACCUCCCAAGGCUCCUGAGGUUCCUGUUUCCGCUCCUGCUGUUCAGCCAACUAGGCAACUUUCCUCACAACCAGGCAUGGCUAAAGCGCCAAAUACAAUAAAGCCUGCAAGUGGAAAUUCUCAGGCAGAUAUCUGGGAGAAAGAAGAAAUGGAGAAAAUCAGGAUAAGGUACAAGAAGCUCAUAAAUGAAAUUGUGGACUGGGAGACUAAGAAGAAGAAGAAAGCAAAGCGCAACUUGGAGAAAGUUGAGGCUGAACUAUUAUCAAAUGAAAAAAUGAAAUUACAGGCUGAAUUAGACAGGCGUAGGGCAAAAGCCAGGAAACAUUUCAACGAUGAGGUUGGAAGGAUUGAAAGCAUUGCAGGAGGGGCCAAAGAACAAGCAGAUCAACAUCGAAAGAACGAAGAGCUAAAGGUGUUAGAGAAGGCAAAUAAGAUCAGAGUCACUGGAAAAAUGCCAUCAACUUGUUCAUGCUUUUAAAAGUACCAUUCAUAAGAAAUCUGUAAAAAAUGUAAAUUGGUAGAUCCAAAUUUAUUGGAGAAACAUGAAAAUAUACUAGGGCACAAUAUUCGCCGUGUAUAAGCUUUCAUAACAUCAUCACAAAUCAAUGGUGAUGUCAAGUUGUAAUUCUCCGGAGGGAAAUAAAUCUAUCUCAAUACAGUUAUAGUAGAAA